UUUAUAGUAAAAGCGGCGCGGCGGCGGAGAGACGCUGAACCACCUCUCUCUCUCUCUCUCUCUCUUUCUCUCUACCGCCGUCUUCGUCUCGUUGUUCUGUUCAUCGUUUACUUCCUCCUGCCAACAAUCUUUCCCUUCUCAUUUGUUCUGAAUCUCUAAUAUCCACCUUUUCUUCACUAUCUGUCUGUUGAGGUGACCAUUGUCUAUCUGCGAAGAAGAACAGGAGUCUUCUGUUCCUGAAGAACCAUGUUUACCUUCAACGCCGUCGGAAAUGGUUCCAUUGAGAAAACCAUCUUCGUGGGGAGCUCCACCUCCCUAUUGCCCAAAGUUGCGUCUUUUUCUGAACGUUCUUACAGAGUCAGGCUCAACGUGGGGCGGCCUUCGAGGGCUUCCUUCGAGGGGAGUGCGGUUUCAGCAAAGGCAGCCUCCUCUGCGGCUGUUGCUGCCCCUGAUGUCAGAGGCAAUACAAGUACCUUUGUGGACCAUGGUCUGAAUGAAGCAGACCCUGAAGUGCAUGAAAUUAUCCAGAAGGAGAAGCAUCGGCAGUUUACAUGCUUGGAACUUAUUGCUUCUGAGAACUUCACAUCCAAGGCAGUAAUGGAAGCUGUUGGGUCAUGUCUCACAAAUAAGUAUUCUGAAGGAUUGCCUGGCAAAAGAUACUAUGGUGGCAACGAGUUCAUUGAUAUGAUGGAGACCCUCUGUCAAGAAAGGGCUUUAGGAGCAUUUCACCUUGAUGGAAACAUCUGGGGUGUCAAUGUUCAGCCGUUAUCUGGUUCCCCUGCUAAUUUUGAAGUGUACACUGCACUUCUUAACCCACACGAUCGAAUUAUGGGCCUUGAUCUAGCACAUGGUGGGCACUUGUCACAUGGAUUCAUGACUCCCAAGAGGCGAGUGUCAGCAACAUCAAUUUAUUUUGAAUCAAUGCCUUAUCGACUUGAUGAAUCCACAGGACUUGUUGACUAUGAUAUGCUUGAGAAAACAGCUAUGCUCUUCCGACCAAAAAUUAUUAUUGCUGGUGCCAGUGCAUAUCCUCGAGACUUUGACUAUCCACGGAUGCGGAAGAUUGCAGAUUCUGUAGGUGCAUUUUUGAUGAUGGAUAUGGCUCAUAUUAGUGGGUUGGUUGCUGCUUCUGUUGUUGCAAAUCCUUUUGAAUACUGUGAUAUUGUCACGACAACUACACACAAGUCACUCAGAGGUCCACGAGGAGGUAUGAUCUUCUACAAGAAGGAACCUGUUUUAGGCAUUGACCUGGAGACUGCCAUUAAUAAUGCUGUUUUUCCAGGUUUGCAGGGGGGACCACAUAAUCACACAAUUGGAGGACUUGCUGUGUGCCUAAAGCAUGCUCAAUCUGCUGAAUUUAAGGCUUACCAGGAGCAGGUUGUAUUGAACUCCAAAUUUCUUGCGAACCGUUUAAUAGAGUUGGGAUACAAGCUGGUUUCUGGGGGAACAGAUAAUCACCUUGCGUUGGUGGACCUUAGGCCUAUGGGGAUUGAUGGUGCAAGAGUUGAAAAAAUCUUGGACAUGAGCUCAAUCACUCUAAACAAGAACUCGGUUCCUGGUGACAAGAGUGCUGUAGUUCCAGGGGGUAUUCGCAUUGGAGCUCCUGCUAUGACUACCAGAGGAUUUAAGGAGGCUGAGUUUACCUUGGUUGCUGAUCUCGUCCAUGAAGGCGUGCAGAUAGCUCUCGAAUGCAAGGGUGCUGUCGGAGGAACCAAGCUAAAGGAUUUUCUUGAUUUUGUGGGGUCUAAAGAGUUCCAUCUCAUGAAUCGGGUCGUGGAUUUGAAAGCAAAAGUUGAAAGCUUGACGAGCCAGUUUCCAUUGCCUGGCGUUUAAGAAUAACACAUACUGUACCAUUAUGCGUGAGAGAGAGAGUGAUCUAAUUGCUGUCGAUCUUAAAAUCGGCAUGUGAGUGGCAGCCAAUGUCACGAGAAAUCUUUCUGUGUUAGAUGAUGGCCAGUUUAUCUGGCGGCAACUAAGCUUUAUAAGUUGAUGGCUUUCAUUAUAACAUUGAAACCACUUGGUGCGAAACUUGAUGAUCUUUGUUUUGGUCACAGGUCGAAGAAGUCAUGAUUUAUAAAGUCUCAAUUUUAUGAGAGGCAUUUACCAGUCA